GGUCAGGCAUCCCAGGCAGUAUCAGGAGUCCAGGCACAGCCUCUCAGGAAGGCUGGAAGGGAACACCCAUGACUGUUAGUGCCCCUCCCCUGUCCCUGUACCUGCUGCCAGCUCUGGAGGACCCCAUCAGGGUCCCCAGAUGUACAAUUUUCUGACUUCCAUUUUGAGAGUCAGCAGAAGGGGAGGCUGUUGUCUCUGAGGAGGGCAGCUUCAGUUAAGCAGAGAAAGAAGUCCCAGAACUGGCCAAAAAACAAGAGAGAUGUGGAAGGACGGUGACCUCCCAACACGGAGGGGAGGCGCAGACUGCACCAAGCCACUCCCUGCUGACACCCCUGGAAAAAGGAGAGCGGGGUGUCAAGGACUGGGAAGGUGGGAGUGAAGAGGUCCCCAAGGCUUAGGGAGUGAGCAGGAAGGGUUGGAGGGCAGCUGGGAGGUGGGAAGGAACGGAUGGAAAAAAAGCAGAGAGGUGGGGGGUGGUUCCUCCUCAGAGAGGAGGCCCCGCCCCACAUUGACGCUGCGUCAGCCCUGGACAACCACGGCAGGGUUCCCGGAUGUGCUUUCCCGACGGCCAUCUUGGGAAUCUGAUGGAUCGGAGGCGUUUGUGAGGAGGCGCGAAUCGAGUUAGCGGGGGGAAGAGUCUUAGACCUGGCCAGUCCUCAAGGUGCUCCAGGAACCAGGUGGUGACGAACUGGGUGUGAGGCACACAGCCUAAAGUCAGCACAGCAGAGGAGGCCCAGGCAGUGCCAGGAGUCAAGGCCUGUUGGAUCUCAUCAUCCAUAUCCCUGUUGAUACGUUUACCUGCUGCUCCUGAAGAAGUCGUCAUGCCUCCCGUUCCAGGCGUUCCAUUCCGCAACGUUAGCAACGACUCCCCGACCUCAGUUGAGUUAGAAGACUGGGUAGAUGCACAGGAUCCCACAGAUGAGGAACAGGAGGACGCCUCCUCCUCCUCUUCCACUUUCUACUUAGUAUUUUCCCCCUCUUCUUUCUCCACAUCCUCUUCUCUGAUUAUUGGUGGUGUUGAGGAGGAGGUGCCCUCUGGUGUGAUACCAAGUCUUACCGAGAGCAUUCCCAGUAGUCCUCCACAGGGUCCUUCCCAGAGUCCUCAGAGCUCCUGCUGCUCCUCUUUUUCAUGGAGCUCAUUCAGUGAGGAGUCCAGCAGCCAGAAAGGGGAGGAUACAGGCACCUGUCAGGACCUGCCAGACAGUGAGUCCUCUUUCACAUAUACACUAGAUGAAAAGGUGGCCGAGUUAGUGGAGUUCCUGCUCCUCAAAUACGAAGCAGAGGAGCCUGUAACAGAGGCACAGAUGCUGAUGAUUGUCAUCAAGUACAAAGAUUACUUUCCUGUGAUACUCAAGAGAGCCCGUGAGUUCAUGGAGCUUCUUUUUGGCCUUGCCCUGAUAGAAGUGGGCCCUGACCACUUCUGUGUGUUUGCAAACACAGUAGGCCUCACCGAUGAGGGUAGUGAUGAUGAGGGCAUGCCCGAGAACAGCCUCCUGAUUAUUAUUCUGAGUGUGAUCUUCAUAAAGGGCAACUGUGCCUCUGAGGAGGUCAUCUGGGAAGUGCUGAAUGCAGUAGGGGUAUAUGCUGGGAGGGAGCACUUCGUCUAUGGGGAGCCUAGGGAGCUCCUCACUAAAGUUUGGGUGCAGGGACAUUACCUGGAGUAUCGGGAGGUGCCCCACAGUUCUCCUCCAUAUUAUGAAUUCCUGUGGGGUCCGAGAGCCCAUUCAGAAAGCAUCAGGAAGAAAGUACUAGAGUUUUUAGCCAAGCUGAACAACACUGUUCCUAGUUCCUUUCCAUCGUGGUACAAGGAUGCUUUGAAAGAUGUGGAAGAGAGAGUCCAGGCCACAAUUGAUACCGCAGAUGAUGCCACUGUCAUGGCCAGUGAAAGCCUCAGUGUCAUGUCCAGCAACGUUUCCUUUUCUGAGUGAAGUCUAGAAUAGUUUCUUCCCCUUGUGUUUGAACAGGGCAGUUUAGGUUCUAGGUAGUGGAGGGCCAGGUGGGGCUCCAGGAACGUAGUGUUCUUUGCAUUUCUGUCCCAUAUGGGUGAUGUAGAGAUUUACCUGUUUUUCAGUAUUUUCUAAAUGCUUUUCCUUUGAAUAGCAGGUAGUUAGCUUCAGAGUGUUAAUUUAUGAAUAUUAGUCGCACAUGUAUUGUUCUUUAUCUGGUUUAAGAGUAACAGUUUGAUAUUUUGUUAAAAAAAUGGAAAUACCUUCUUCCUUAUUUUGUGAUCUGUAACAGGGUAGUGUGGUAUUGUAAUAGGCAUUUUUUUUUUUUUACAAUGUGCAAUAACUCAGCAGUUAAAUCGUGGAACAAAAUUGAAGGGUGGUCAGUAGUUUCAUUUCCUUGUCCUGCUUAUUCUUUUGUUCUUGAAAAUUAAAGAUAUAUACCUGGCUUUGCUUAGCUUGUUGAAGAAAGUAGCAGAAAUUACAUCUUAAUAAAAGAAAGCCCCACUGA